AUACUUAUGUUUCAUCUCUGAUUUUGUGAACAAACUUCAGUCUUUGGACUAUGGAGAGUUAAACCACUUCAGGCAAACAGAGUCCUGCACCUAUGUGAAGAGGAAACUUUGGCAACACUGGCCUUUUGAAGUGGAAGGAAAUAGUCUAAACAACUACUUGAGGAUAUUUCUGGCUUCGGUGCAGUAGAAGUGUCUGUCCGAAGUCCAAUUGCCUGCUGGUUUAGUGCUAUGCUUUACUGCUUUGGUGGUUCAGUUUUGUCUUCGUUGAUGCUUGCAGAACCUCCAGUAGCAUUUCUGGCAAAGGGCACAAAUAUUCUACUGGCGUCUUCUGUCUGGUAUCUUGUGUUUUACUGCCCACAAGACAUAUUCUACCGGUGCUUUGCCUUUCUGCCUCUUCGGCUUCUGGUUGCAGGAAUGAAAGAAGUGACUAGGACUUGGAAGAUAACAGCUGGCGUUGCACAUGCAGACAGUCACUUCAAAGAUGCCUGGCUUGUCAUGGUAGCUGUGGGCUGGGCCAGAGGAGCUGGUGGUGGCCUGAUUUCCAACUUUGAACAGUUGGUGAGAGGACUGUGGAAACCUGAAACCAAUGAGCUACUGAAGAUGUCCUACCCUGUGAAGGUAACUUUGAUAGGAGCAGUUCUUUUCACCCUGCAACACAGCCAGUACUUGCCAAUAGCAAGACACAACCUCAUGUUUUUAUAUACCGUCUUUCUUGUCACCUCCAAGGUAACAAUGAUGUUGACAAGAUCUGCAGCUUCUCCAUUUGCUCCCUUUGAAGCUGCAUUAGGCCAUAUGUUUUUUGGCUUGCAAAAAGCACCUUCCAAAGUGAAGGAUGAAGGUGCCUCAUCCUCCGACGGCUCUUCAGUCUGUGAACGGUCAUCUUCUGAACAGCACCGUGAUGGUCUUAAGAAAAGACAGGCAAAGAAAACAGAAUAAGUGGCUUAAAACCCUUGAUGCCAUAACCUUUGAAGAUGUUUGUAUUUCGGAUUAGGCUGGCUGAGAAAUCUUUUCAAUGAAAUGCAUGUGAGGAGAACACAGAGCUGUGUACUGCUGUGCUGCUGUUAGCAUUCAGAAUGUGUUUUGUAAGAUACUGUUCAGAUGUCUAAAUGCACAUAUUGGAUUCCUAAAUUAGAAAUGCACAUUUUUAUAGUGGUUACAAGUUUACUAGGUUUUGUAUUUUUGGUAACUUUAAAUGAUUACAUGCUAAAAAGAUAGUUUCAAAAUGUGACAAUCAGCUUUGUUCUUUUUUUCUGAUAUACCACUUGUUUCACCUCUUCCCUUCACCCCCACAAUUCUUAUGUUUCAUUUGGAUGGCAUAGAUUUGCACUGCCAAGUGUUCACAGUAGCACGUCCCUAAUAAGAAAGUUAUCAUCUGAGUAAGACUUAAUUACAUUGUUCUGUUAAACCAUGAAAGUGCACUGAACUAAUGCCUUUAACUAGAAAAACAAUGAAUUACUGUUGUAAUUCACAUUGCACUGGUCUAGAUUUUCUUAUGUAUUAAUUAAGUAAAUAUUUUUCAUAUUUUUAGGUUUUUUAAAUACAUGGAUUAGGUCCUUUUAAAAAUCUUUACAGCUAGCGAGUAGAAAUGGCUCAGUAUUGUGGAUUUUGACACUGUAUUUGCAAGCACUUGAUACAUGUUACAUAGGUGGUUUGUAGUUGUCUUUCUGUUUGACUUGGACUGGACAUAUUUGAUUGCACUUUUAUCCAAGCACAUGCCUUUGUUUUUAAAUUUUCAAAGCCAAGUUUCUGUCUAAAAAAGGAUAAUGGACAGUACAUUUACCUUGUUUCUCUUGAGUUCAACCCUAUCAUGCCUACUGUUGAUAAAUACCAGCAACAGUUUCUAGCAAUUACCUCUGUUGCUAUUGGGAAAGAACUGUUAAUAUCAGAAGCACUGGAACUAUUUAUUAGAGUUAGUGGAGAUCUGCCGCUUCCUGCUUGUUGCAUCUUUUUUACACAUGAUGUGGAACAGUUCUAAGUGGCAUAUACUUUAGAACUAAGAACUUUUGACAUUUUAGAGAUGUUACAUUUCAUAAGAAUAGAAUCUUUUCAGAAGACUCUUUCGUUGAUGUGCCAAUUUUUAGAAUAAAUUAAACUGUUUUUACAGAAUUAGAUUAUUUGUCUUCAGAGAAUACUGCUUUGAAGAGUAUUCUUCAGCAAGAGCAGGUAGGUUAAUCUUUCUGCAAGGAUGCCAAGAAGAAUAUGGAGGGAGAUUUCAUUUGAAAAGACUAAGUUCUAGUUCCAGGUACAUAGCUAAAUCUAGAAAACCCGUUACCAGUGCUGUGCUUAGAAGAAAAAGAAAACUGUACCCAAGAAAUUUCUUGUGCCUGUUUAGUCACUUUUCUAUGGUAGUGACCAAAGCCAUUGAAAUCUUCAACUUGGAAUCCAACUUUAUACCAAUCUGUUGCAUCUUAAAGGCUAAAAUGAGCAUUUUCUAGAAAACAAACAAACAAAAUACAAAAUGAACUCAAUCCUUUGGACAAAGUAGCAGUCAUAUUGCUGACAUUUUACACAGAAACUCGGUAUACAGUUAGAAAUGCUUGGAGUUUUCACUUGCAGGAUGUCUCAGUUUUUUGUAGCUUGUUAUCAUGGAUGUAUGGAUAAACUUGAAGCUGCCAACUAACUAGUUAAUGAUCAACAAGUUAUUCAGCAACACCAGCAAAAUUGUAUGUCCAUGUUUUUUAAAACUUGGGGAUUUUUUUUGAAAAGGUGUAAUUGUGUAUACUAUAUCACAAGAACCAUACAGAAUUGGAUUGUGGAUUUGCAUUGCGUAACUGCCAAGUACUGGCUGAUAGCUCGCUACUCUUAGCCCAAAUAAAUGUGAAAAUAUGCUUAGACUAAUUCUCUUGACAAGUUUACAAUUUGAAGGAAAAUAUAUGAUUUUGUAUUAAUAUUGGACUGAAAGAUUACAGUAUUAAAGAAAAACUGUUUUUCUUGACGGAGUGCCUUAAGAGAAAUAAAAAUCACAUUAAAAAUGUGUAUUGUUUUGAGACAGAAGUUAUGCUGAAAGAACUCCACUUGUAAGCACCAUGAAAGUAAACUGUCUCAGGGUCUUCUGAAGGGUGCAUACUCAGAAGAACGCUGUACUGAACUGUUACAUGUCACAAUUGUUCUCAGAGCUAACUUUUUUUCAUGGUACAAAAAGAUAAUCAGUUGCACAGAAUUUAACCUGAAAUCUGUAGACUUUAAUACAGUCUAUCCAGGAUGCCUUAAAUAAACAAUUACCUCCUUGCUUUCAUACUGAUAGUUCUGUAUCUCUACUAAACAUCUCUGCAUGAGUUUGGUAAGAAUUCCUUGUAAUUGAACUGUUCUGGUAGUUCAGCAGAACUGCAUACGUGAACUAGUUAGUUCCAUCUUAAUUAUAUCAUUAGCCUGGUAAAAUUAGAAGUAGUUCUCCUGUGCUAAUGUAAACUAAGGUUUGAGGGAGUUGUUUUAUCAGCUCACUUCUCAGGCUGAUAGGGCCUAUUCCUGCUUAAUCAAAUUGCAGUUCUGGGUCUUCGUUUCUCUUAAGUAUGCC